UCAAUUAGGGUAUAAAAGACGACUCACAACGAAAGAGGGUCCACUUAGCCAAAGCUUGCAACAACGAAACGUCAAAGUUUGUAUCAAGGUCAACACAGAACAUGAAAAUUCUCUUGGCCGUAAUCGUUUUUGCCCUUUAUACUCUACACGUCCAGGGUCAAAACCAAUUUAAGACAUGCAGUCGAGAAUGGGAGAAAAUCGGAUGCUUUAAGGACAACAUCAAACCUUCCCGGACUCUCCCUGAGAUGCUUCUAAACGACAGGGACAGUAAAAGCAAGUAUCAUGAGAAAGGCUACCGGCUGAACUGGCACCGAUGGACAGAAUCAACCCAUAGUCUGGCAUGUCGAUGUGCGGAAAAAGCUAAAAAGAAAGGAUACACAGUAUUUGGUCUACAGUUUUACGGCGAGUGUUGGAGCGGCCCAAAUGCAGAGCUGAACUUCAACCGCGAUGGCUCGAGUGAUAGUUGCAUCAUGGGUCUUCAAGAUCCAACUGACUGCGACAAAAAAUCACUCCAAGAAUGUGUUGGGAAGCAGAAAACCAACUACAUUUAUAGACUGACAGACAACCCUGGCCCUCAAACCCCUGAUAUUGAUGGGGGGUUCACCGAGUGGUCUGAUUGGAGUGAGUGCAGCAAGACAUGUGGUGGAGGAGAAAUGGUCCGUGAGAGGUCAUGCACUAAUCCUGCACCCCAAGGAAAUGGACGGUUAUGUUCUGGUGAUAACGAGGAGGUCGCCCCCUGCAACAGCCAGGAAUGCAACUAUUGUGAUAUGAUCAUGGAUGUUGGUAUCAUUAUUGACUCGUCUAGUAGUGUGCGCCGUGCAAAUUUCGGGAAAGUAAAGAACUUUUUGCUUCAACUUGUUGACAAAAUGGACGUGAACGAUAGCAUGGUUCACGUGGGUGUCAUCCAUUACAACCACAAAGCAUACCUGGACUGGAAUUUAAAGUCCAAAGAAGCGAUGAACGCCAAUGAUUUGAAAAAAGCUAUUGAAGCCCUGAAGUAUAAACCAGGAGGGACUAGGACUGAUGUGGCCUUGGCUACAGCUGAAAAAGAACUUCUGAAUUAUAAAAAUGGCAUGAGGCCCGGUGUACCUCAUGUACUUUUGGUCAUCACUGAUGGAAAGACGAGCUCGAGAUCCGUUCCAUAUCCUAAAGUCCUUGAGCCAUUUAAGAAGGGAAACGUAAAGGUGAUCGCCAUUGGAGUUGGUAAGUUAGUGGAUAAUAAAGAAUUAAAAGAGAUUGCGAUGGGCAACAACGGCAAUGUCCUUCAAGUGGACAACUUUGACGCACUUGUGUCCAAGAUCACAGAUAUCGUAAAGAUCUCCUGUGCCCAAAGAAAACUUCAGUAACCAAGAGUUAUACUGAAGUAACUUGUGAAGAAACAUAGCGGUGUCUCAUUAAAUCCCAGGGUUAAAAAAGCUAAGGUUUAGAUUCAUGUGAAUUAGUGCGGUGUUGUCAGGAAACAAUAAAAUUAUAUGACAAAGAGA